AUGAUGUCGCUGUCGCAGCAGGAGAAAAUGAGAAGAAACGUGGCUGCCGCGCCGUCGAACUCGCAUCUGUAAGUUUUUUUUGCUUAAAAAUGUGAUAUCGUUAGACAAUUUGAGUAACUAUCGAUUUUCAGCGGAAUGGACCAAUUCGAGCACGACUUCAAGUAUUUUCCGUAUUCGCAACAGAGAAAUACGUGUCCACACCACGGAAAUGCUCACUUUUACGACGAGCAACCGGCUCACAGGGUAAAAUUGCAAUUUUUGUUUGAAAUGUUCGCAAAAUCAAUUCUCAAAAGUGUUUCAGGAGCAUUGCGAAGUGCACUCGAAACAGGCACGUCAUCCGGGCGGAUACGAUGCAUUUCCCAUCGAUUAUUCGGCUGAAAUCGAGCGGAUUUUGAGGUUCUUAGCUCGAAAAUGCCUUAAAAAUCGAUUUGUUCAGACAACAAGCCGGCCUGGAUCUGAUGACUCCUCCCGCAACUGCCACCAAUUCCAGAAGCACUCUUUUCAAUUGUACAUCUAGAAAAAAUUGUUUUUGUAAAAAAAAUCCUUUUAGACUCAGCUCAGCAGUCGUACUUCUCCAAUUGCUCGUCUCCGGUCACUUCGGACCAAUUCGACCUGCUCUCGUGCGGAUCGCCCGUCAACGAAUUCUCCGAAUUGGACAAGGGGUGCUACACUAAAGGUUUUAGGCAGAUUUCUGAAAUUUGUUGAAUUUCCGAGCUGAAAGUUGAGACCUCUUUGUUUCGCAACGUGAUGCAACUAGCACGGUUCGCAACUUGUACGUUUUUCUGAGCGUGGCAACGCGGGACCCCAUCUUUUUGGAGGUACCCGCCCCAUCGAGGGAAUCUCUUCUUACCUUUUGAGGCGACGCCCAGCACCACAUCUGUUUGAAAGAGAUACUCCAGCUUCAGGGUGAUUACAAUCGUAAGAAAUACAACCGAAGAGCACCCAGAAACUGCUUUGAAACACCCCUAGUUGCGAAAAAUGACGAUUGCGAGAUGUUAGGUUGCAUUUCGUUACAGUUGCGAAAAGUAUUAGUAGCCAAACGCAUGGUUGUAAAACGAGUGAGUUGUCAAAAAUUGUUUGAGCGGCGAAACGUAGCGGUUAUGGAACAUCGCGUUGUGAAACGAAGCGGUCUCUGAAAAUUAGGCCGCUUACGAGUUGUUAGUUUUCCUAACGUAAUAUUGUGAAAAGUGAAAAAAGAAACAAUUUCGGACUUUUCGGACAACACGUCGGUCCAAAGACUACGUUAGCAGGCGCGCUCCACAGAAAUCAGCAUGCCAAGUUUUGAAUUUCAAUUGAAAAACGCGACUGAGUCACAAUCGGCGGGAAAAUUUGAAUGAGUUCGGUCGCGUAGUCUUUGGAACCCCGUGAUCAAAAAAAUGUGGAAAAUGUGUUGAAAUGUGCCAAAACGUUUCUUUUCUUGCUUUCCGAAAAUGUAAUUGCAUCAAAAACAGUGAGGAUAAUUCGGGAGUUGGCCGAUUUUUCAAUGUUUUCGAGACAUUUGACUUACGGUUCACGAAGAACAAAGCAAAAAGCAAGAGAAACAGAGGAGAACCGGCCAGAGUCCAUAGUUACGCGAUGCGCGCGCAGGUCAAAAAACGGAAGGGUCUCGCAGCGAUCGGACAAAUUUAUGGGCGCGCAUUCAAAACGAGCGCGCGUUGCGGUCUUUUGGGUCGACUGGGAGGACGGGGAGAAAAAAAAGCGGAUCGCUCUCGCCGGAAAGUCAUCUCGGACAGAAGGACCGCAGAACGCGACGCCAGACUACGAACAAAUGAUGACAAAACCAACGAAACAGUCGGCAACAUCGUUUGAUCUCUGCGGCAAGCGUGACCGGUCCCUCACCCGGUCACCUUUAGUCAUCAUUUUGGCGUCGCGUUCUGCGGUCCUUCCCUCCGAGAUGACUAUCCGGCGAGAGCGAUCCUCUUUUUUUUCUCCUGGUCCUCCCAACCUUGCCUGCCGUCCCAGAGGGCCGCAACGCGCGCUUAUUUUGAAUGCGCGCCCAUAAAGUUGUCCGAUCGCUGCGAGACCCUUCCGUAUUUGAUCUGCGCGCGCACCACGAAACUAAGUACUCUGGCCGGUUCUAGAAUGUUGUUCUCAUUUUUUGUUCCGUUGAGCGAAAAUGCCUCCUUCUUUUGGAAAUGUCGAUGUUUUGUGGCAAACACUUUUGCCUAAAAUUCGAUAAUUGCAGAAGGCUUCGGAGUGGUGUACGGGCAGGAGAACAUCUUCACGGCGGAGCACGUGCACAGUCUGGUCAAACAUGAGCGGAAGGGCGCCGUGCCGCGAUUGUUGUCGAACAAGGUGUUCGUGGGCGGAAUAUCGCACUCGAUGAACCGCGAAAUCAUCAACAACUUUUUCGCCCAAUUCGGACCCGUUUUUGUGGAUUGGCCAGUCAAAGGACCGCGCACCAAUGGUAGAUUUCACAAAACAUUGCAUUGCAAAAAAAAACCCUUGUUUUUUCAGCGCGCGGAAAAACGAUGCCGAUGUCCUCGUACUCGUACCUAUUUCUGGUGUACGUCAAAGAGGAAUCGGUCAUUCAGCUGAUGCAGAUGUGCGAUGUGAACGCGAAGAACGAAUUCCACGUGUGUGUGCCCGGAACUGACGCGCAGGUACUUUCGUUUUCGGUUUUUUCCCCAGAAAAACGUGAGUUUUUUGCAGAUACAAAUCCGUCCGUGGUUCGUGCAGAACGCGUUCUACGUGGCAGAAGAGGCGAAGCACGAGAAAGUGAUCGACAUCCACCGGACGGUGUUCGUGGGCGGACUGCCGAGAAUCGUGACGGCCGAGGAGAUCGCGCGCGUGUUCGCCACGUUCGGAACGGUCUUGCUCGUCACGAUCGACAUUGACCAGGACUACGGAUAUCCGAAGGGCGCCGCCCGCGUCGCAUUCCGCACCGACACCGCAUUCAACAAGGCGCUCGAGCGGAAAUAUAUCAAGUUCGACGAUUUGGACACCAGCAAAACGGUUUCUUGAAUUUUCCUGUUCAAAUGUUUAAUUUCCAAUCAAUUUUCAGACGAUUGAAAUCAAGCCGUACGUGAUGGAAGACGUCGGAUGCGAUCAGUGCGGCGGACUGUGGUCCAACCCGUUUCUCGAGAUUUUCGACCAGCUCAACAAUGAGAAUAUGCCGUUGAAAAAGGUUUUUUUAAGGCCUUUCAGUUCAUUCUAG